AUGUUUUCUCGAAUCUUCGGAGUCUUCGUCGUGGCACUUUGCUGCUCUGAUGUUGCGACUGCGUUUCAAAGCUCCAGCUCUGCUGUCAUUCCAGGACUGCGGUCCACGAAUGCUCGUAUUUGCACCGAAAGAUUAACUUCUCUGCGCAUGUCUGCAAAUGGUGACAAGAGCGACGAGAUGAUGAAAUCUGUGCUUCGCUCCCUUGAAGACGUCAAGGGAAGGGAAGGCUUCCGAGGAAAGGAUGCUGACAAGGCCAUUCGAGAGGUCAAAGAAGUUGCUGGAGAUGACUCGCAGUCAAGGAGGUUCCUAGGAUCCAGAAGGCUCGCCAAGGCUGUUGAGGAGCAGGAGCUGUCAUUCAAGAGCAUGAUCAAUGGAUUGAAGUCUGUGAUGGGAAGGGAGGGCUUCCGUGGAGCGGACGCUGAGAAGGCCAUCCAUGACCUGGAGGAGGCAGAGAACAAGGCAAUCGCUGAGGAGCAGGACGAGAAGAAACUCCUUGGAUCCCGACGCCUGUACAAGUUCACCAGGGCUGCCACCAAGACGGUUAUGAGGCCUGUGAGCCGCAAGAACCACCCUGGAGAGAAGUACUUUCCUGGCCGUCGAUGA